AGAGAAUCCUGUUCUGCUAAAGUCAUAUUCUGAAGAUUAGAGCAUACCGAACUACAAGUUGUUAAAUCUACACUGACAGAAUGCAAUUGUGUCAGAUAUUGACAAAGAAGUCUCUGAUCUAAUAGCUCUGUAAUUCUGAAUAAUCACCACGGAAAAAUCCCAAGUUUGACUGUGGCUUCGAUUUAAAUAAAUAAUCUGCCUGAGUCCCAGAGACCUCACAUCAGAAGUGAUCAGAAAUAAAGCUUAAUUUGCAAAUUUUUAGUGUGGCCAAAGUGAGAAAGACGACUUCUGUCAAACUUGAUAGAAAACAGCCUUUGAAAAAUUCACCCUUUGCUUAAACACUUAGCUUUUCUUGGACUUGGAGCUUUUAAGAACAUGUCUAUGGACCAGCUGAGUUCUAUAUGGCUACAUCUUAAAGGCUUCUUCCAGUGGCUGCACAGGCUCCUUUGCUCUGCACACUGCUUCACAACAGACUUCCUACAGGAAAGAUCCACUUACUGUUCCCUCCCCUCAAUGGAAACUGCAAGCUCCAGUGCUUUUAUCUGCAUAAUUUAUAAAAGAUUCCUGCACCCAGUAAGUCAACUUAAGAGCCUUGUGGCUUUGGGCCUUGUUUGUUUCACAUUGUUUCUGAUACAGGACCUUAUUAGCAGGAACUAUAGCACCAUCCCUACUGCACAUACCAUUAAAAUUCUCAUCUGGAAUUGGCCUCAUAACAAAAAACCCAAUAUAAUUGAAAAUAUGUGUGCCAAACUCUAUGGUAUCCCUGGCUGCCACAUGACAACUAACCGGUCUGCCUUUAAGCAGGCUGAUGUUGUGUUCUUCCGUCAUGUAGACAUUUAUCCUUCUGUAACUUCGUUACCACAAGAGAAACGUCCUAAGCAACAGAUGUGGAUUUGGAUGUCUAUGGAAUCUCCAAGCCACAACAAGAAGAUCGAAAAACUAAAUGGAAUCUUUAAUUGGCCAAUGAGCUAUAGACGGGAUUCAGAUAUUUACACCCCCUAUGGAAAGCUUAUACCAAAUACUGACCAACAUUACACCAUUCCCAAAAAAGGCUCUUGCUUGGCUGCUUGGGUGGUCAGCAAUUAUAAAAAACAUCACAAAAGAACAAGCAUUGUAAAGAGCCUGCAAAACUAUAUGACAAUUGAUAUAUAUGGCAAAGGUAAUGGAAAACCAUUGAGCCCAGAAACUCUCCAAGGAACGAUUUCCAAGUAUCCCUUCUAUCUAGCAUUUGAAAAUUCCGUACACCAGGAUUAUAUAACUGAAAAGCUGUGGAGGAAUUCCUUCAUGUCAGGCUCAGUGCCUGUAGUCUUUGGGCCACCACGAAGCAACUAUGAAAAGUUUGUGCCCCCAGGGUCAUUCAUUCAUGUGGAGGACUUCCCAAGCACCAAAGAACUGGCAGAAUACCUUAAGAGAGUGGCAAAGAACGAGACUCUUUAUAAGCAAUACUUUGAGUGGAAAAAACAAUUCAAAGUCAAGCUGACUGACUCGAGGGAGCGUAUCUGCCAAAUUUGCAAAAAUUAUCACACCCUGCCCCAGAAGAAAGUCUAUCACAACUUUGAUGAGUGGUGGUAUGGCUAAUGCUGCUUUGAAAAGUUACAAUAACAGGAUUUCAAAUAACUUCCAGUGGAAAU